UUCGAUGAUUCUGAUAAUUGAGAAUGUAUUUAUUUUUUCUCAGAAAUGAUGUUUCAAUUUGGAAUUUGCAACAUAUUCUGGCUUGCAGAUAUCAGAAUUUGAAUUACCUUCUCAUUUUGUAGACAUUAUCAGCUGAUUCUGAAGAAAACACUUUGGUUUGGAUAUUAAAAUGUGCAAUUGGAAAAAUAUCAAACAAAACAAUUUAUCAUCUUUUUCUGACAAGACUGUGGCAGCUGUUUCAAUAUUCUGGGCUGAUGGAUUUUUGUGUCUUUUGUUUGUUUUAUUAACACACUUCAAAUACACAAGGAUUACAGUCCUAAAUUACUCAGUUUGUACAAUAGCAACAUCAAAUACGCAGUGGAUAUGGUUCUUCAUCUUUACUGCACUAAGUUCAGUUAUGAAUGGCCUAUACUUCUUUUUUCUUCAUGAAAAAAAGCGAAAGGAAUUUCCAGUGAUUACUGCUUGGCUGGCAAACCUGUUAAGUAUAAUGUCAUUAUUAUUUGCUGUUAAAUAUCAGUGGAAACAGAGAGAGGAAGCAUAUAACAACAUGACAAACACCAAUGGGGCCUCUACGACUAGCACUGAUGAAACAUCGCCGAUUUUAUUUCAACAGAACGGAACGUCAGCUAUCCAGAACCCAUCCAAGACUGAUGUGUUUUUUGUUCUUCUGUUUUUACUGUCUGCUGGUUUUUUUAUCGCUGCUUGGACAAAAGAAACGGAAAUUUUUUAUUGGGUUGCUCAUAUCUUAUUGUGGAUAAUUCAAGCUGCAAUUUUUAUUAUUAUACUGAUAAUUCAUUAUAAAAUCACGCACGAAGGACCUUCAGUGUUUGUAAAGUGCAUUUUACUUGCAGCCGUGAUGGCCAACGCUGUGACUGACAUACCUUCAUACAUUUGGUUAAAUUGUAUUUUGGAGGACGAAAAUCCUGCUGAAGACGCAUUCAAAUGCUAUGAUAUCCUUAUUGGACUAGUCUUGCUGUCACAUAUUGCAUUCUUCUUUGUGAUGAGAACAGAGUUUCUGCGUCUUAAAGAUGUUGCAAGGUGGCGUGUCGCAGGAGAAAUUGAUAACCUGGAUCCUUGAUUAAUAACCUGGCCCUUCGUUAAAUCAUAAUCGAUAUGUUUUUUUUCUUAACAUGAGCUCAGAAGUUUGUAAUCCGUAGUCUUUAAACGAUUUUAACAUACCCUAACUAACAUUAUCUAACUAUGACCAGGAAUGCUCACUUUUCAUUCAAACUGUUGUGUUCUAGAAAAACAAAAACAGUGAAAAUUACAUGUUUCUAUAUGUAAAAUAUAGAAACCUAUAACACCUGUAUUUAUCAUGAAAGUCGAUGCCAUGUUGUGAAUGAUAAAAUUAAUAUAAAGUAUCAUAUUAUGUUAUGAAAUUCAUGUAUUUUAAUUUUAUGCGGAUAAUAAA